AUGUUCGUGUUCAGUGGUUCGCCAUGCAUUUUUGAAUCGUUCACUCCUAUCUGCAACGAGAUGCAGAACUGCUCGUACCCUUCUUCCAGACGCCUUUACAAGCGGCCGAUGGGGCGGUUAAACUACUCUGUGGAAGAACAAGAUGAUAAGUUUAUUAUCUCAUUACGGAAAGAUGUUCCUGAGGAGUUGUUAUAUCGUGCAGUUGAAGAACGCGUCAACGCAUAUAAAGAACGCGCUCCGCGAUAUAGUCUUGUAACAGACUUCUUUGGUAACCAAUACUGCGUUCAAAAUCAUGUAGACCAGCAACAGCUGCUAUGUGAGGCGAUGAGAAACAUCGACAUGAACGAGUUGGGUAGCCAUUUGGCUCAGAUGACUUUCCAUGAUUACCAGGUUACGUUAUCAGCUGAUGGCCACACAUUGGUUGUCGAGAGCGCAGACGAUAAUGUUCAUAAGGAGUUUGAAUUGCAAACUGAGUUCGAAGACGUUGCAAUUGAAAACUUUGAGAUGGCGCGUGAAAAUACAGCCAUCGUCAAAAUUGCUCUCAAAAAGCCACUUCCUAGGCCUCAGAAGAGAGUAUGUACGUCGAUCCCAGUAAUGUGGCAUAAUACCAAGUCUAGAAAGAAUAGCCAAAAAUUGGAGUCCGGUGACGCAUUGGAUGGUACAACAUCAGAUGUGCCCAGAGAGGCUAUAGGAGAAAAUCAGCAUGAACUAAGAGUUAACGGUAAUGGUUUGAACGCAAAAUCACAGUCUGUGAAUAGGAAGUUCACUGGUAAGGCCACUACAGAAAUGCAUGUCACUAUCGAAGACUUAGAAGAUGAAGAGUUUCUCAGAUGGGAGAGGUCUUUGGGCCAGGCGCCCAAGGGACAUGCAAUUAUAGAAGAUGCUGCAUAA